AUGGGUUCGCUAUGUUCCCGCGAAGAAGACAGCGAAGAUGCAAUGGUUACUAUGAAUGGACAAGGCAAGAACAAAACGAAGAAGGAAGGCGAUAUCAUUCAUUUCUUCAUGUUGGGAAUAGAAGGUGCUGGUAAGACGACUAUCAUUCGUCAAUUGAAAUGUCUGUGCAUGCAAAAGCCACAUAACUAUCAGGUUCGUUGA